CCACUGCUACUUCAUCGACGUCAUCGACUUCAGCUACUUUGGACGUGACUACUUCACAUCACCACCCUACCCUGCAUACUCCCUUGCCCCUGUCGCAUGAUGGUUCUCACUUACCUAGGUCUCUUUGAGUUUGGCUCUCCCUUGGUAUCGCAUAGGCAUUGGGACCGUAGCGUUAUCUGGGAUUCCUUGCUCCCAGAUCUAGCUCCCUCUCCCAGUCGAUCUUGGAGUACGUGCGUGUUGAGUCUGCGUCGGAGCUGCGCUGUCCCUUCCAGCUCCAUCUCUAUCUCCUCCCUCGUCUACCCUUCGUCUCCAUCCUGUCGGACCGCCAUCCCGGCGGGUCCGGCACACCGGUGCAUUGACAACGUCCCAGUGUACUUUGCCCCUCACGCAAGUGAGGCGGUGUCCUUUGACAUUUUGGACACCAAAUUUGACAUGAUCUUGGGCUUGUCAUGGCUGCGAAGCAAGGAUCACCCGGUGAACUUCUUCCACCCCACCGUUCACAUUCGUGAUCGGAACGGAGUACUAGUUCCAUGCAUGGUGCCUCUUCCUCAUCCUUCGAUCAACUGCCACGUGGUAUCCGCUGCAAGCAUGCGAGCUUCCAUCAUCAAAGACGACAUCGAGGAGAUGGGGGUGUGUUUUCUCCACGCCCUCCCGCCCCAUGACGCUUCAUCGACGGACUCACCUUCGGAUCCACGCAUCACCAAGCUUCUCGACGCCUACAGCGACGUGUUCGAAGGCCCACACGGAGUAGUACCGGAUCGACCCAUCCGCCACAAGAUCAUCCUCGAGGACGGGGCCGUACCUCCGCGCGGUUGCAUCUACCGAAUGAGCGAGAAAGAGUUAAGUGUACUUCGGGCGCAACUCGACGACCUUCUGGAGAAAGGUUGGAUUCGGCCUAGCUCAUUGCCAUACGGUGCUCUUGUUCUCUUAGUCCGGAAGAAGAACAAGCACCUGCGGUUGUGCAUCUAUUAUCGCAAGCUCAACGAGCAGUCGAUCAGGAACGCCGGCCCUCUCCCACGCAUGGAUGACCUUCUCGAGCGAUUGGGCGGCGCCCAGUUCUUCUCUAAGCUGGAUCUCAAGUCAGGGUACCACCAACUCAAGAUUUGCAAGGAGGACCGUUACAAGACCGCGUUUAAGACGCAAUAUGGGCAUUUCAAAUGGYUGGUUAUGCCAUUUGGCCUUACGAAUGCCCCGGCCACUUUCCAAGCGGCUAUGACAAUGGAGUUCCGACAUAUGCUGGAUCGUUUCGUACUUAUCUACCUCGACGACAUUCUGGUCUACAGCCGGAGUUUGGAGGAGCAUGUGGAACACCUGCGCACCGUUUUGGAGCAGCUACGACAAGCCAAGUACAAGGCCAACCGCGACAAGUGCGAAUUCGCACGACAGGAGCUGGAGUACUUGGGACAUUAUGUGAUGCCGCAAGGCAUUCGUCCGCUUGCGGACAAGAUCGAGGCCCUACGAGUAUGGCUCGAGCCCACCAACACCACGGACGUUCGUUCAUUCAUGGGAUUGGCGGGCUACUAUCAACGAUUCAUCACCGGAUACUCAAGAAUUGCUGCACCUAUGACGAGGUUACAGUCGCCAAAGGUGCCGUUCGUAUUUGAUGACGACGCACACCGUUCAUUCCAAGCACUUAAGACGGCCAUGCUCAUGGCACCCGUCCUUAGCAUCUAUGACCCCACCCUGCCGACGCGAGUGACUACGGACGCUUCCGGCUAUGGCAUUGGGGYAGUCUUGGAACAGCACGAYGGCGACGACUGCCACAAAGUGCCUCCCAUCAACUYGCUUGAUGAUGCAAGGAAGAAGRAGCUGCUCGCAUUCRUCAUGGCUCUCAAGCGAUGGCGGCACUUCCUCCUUGGGCAUCGUAGGUUCACAUGGGUUACGAACAACAAUCCAUUGACCUACUACAAGACGCAGGAUACGAUGAGCAGCACGAUCGGACGAUGGAUGUACUUCAUCGACCAGUUUGACUUCACACCGAAACAUCUACCCGGCCUCUCAAAUCCAGAGCAAAUGCACUCUCGCGAAGACCAGAUCUUUGCGCUAUGACAAAUCAUGCCUUCGCAUUCGACGAGGAGCUUCAGCGACACUUCAUCCGGGCAUAUGAGUCUGAUCCGGACUUCGCCACGCUGUACGCACAACUAUUUUCGGAUCACCCGCCGGCCAGCCACUAUCGUAUCGUCGACGGAUACUUGCUCCUCCACUCGAGAGGCAAGGACUUACUAUGUGUCCCAUGCGACCGUCGUCUUCGGACUCGCCUCCUCGACGAGUAUCAUGAUUCGCGACUCGCCGGCCAUUUCGGAGUCAACCUCACUAUUGCACGGCUUCG